AUGUUACCUUAUAGUAACGCAAUGGAAUUUAGGGCAGAGGAAGCGCCGCGGUUUUGCGGUCACGAAUCCUACGGGUAUAUGGUGCACAUGCAUUUAAAUGAAAUCAUAUUAUACGGAGCGGCCCGUCGAGAUCCCAGUUUGAUAUUACUGUCAUUAUUUAAUCAAAUUAGUUCGAAGAUUAAUUUGCAAACAAAAAGACCUCCUUUCGUUAAGCAGUUAUUCAUAAUGGAUUUUUUAAAAGUGGAAGAAAGAAUAGAAAUGAUUUUGAUUUAUGGAGAAGCAGGCAGGAAUCUUGAUUAUGCUGUUAAUAUCUACGCUCAGCGUUUUCCGGAUAAAAUUCGAUCACGUACUUUAUUUCACCGUACAGUCAAGCAGUUUACUACAAAUGGGAGUGUUCAACCGAAGAAAAGAGUUCGUCGACAGUCACAGGUGGAAAUAGUGAAAUUAAUGUAUUGGCAGCAACGGCCGUUAAUCCUCAUGCAAGCACACGAGAAUUAUCUAGAGAUUUAGGAAUAUCCCAGA